AUGAAAAUCGCCGUACAAGGUUGCUCUCAUGGCAGUCUAACAGCUAUAUACGAUACAGUAUCACAAUAUACUGCGCAUACUUCAGAGCCCAUUGACCUGCUGUUACUAUGUGGUGAUUUUCAAGCAUUAAGAUCCAAACAUGAUUUCGCAUCAUUAGCAGUUCCACCCAAAUACCAUUCCUUGGGUACUUUCCAUGAAUAUUAUUCCGGUCAGAAGAAAGCUCCUGUAUUAACCAUCGUUAUUGGAGGAAAUCAUGAAGCAAGUAAUUACAUGUGGGAGCUGUAUCAUGGUGGAUGGCUAGCUGAGAACAUAUACUAUCUUGGAGCAGCUGGAAGUGUAUACGUAAAUGGAUUAAGGAUUGUUGGGGCUAGUGGAAUUUACAAAGAUCACGAUUAUAGAAAAGGUCAUUUUGAAAAGGUUCCUUUCAAUAAUUCAACUUUGAGAAGCGUAUAUCAUAUACGUGAAUACGACGUAACAAAGCUCAUGCAGUUAUCUGAUACGAAAGAUACGAUAUUCUUAUCUCAUGAUUGGCCAAUAUCAAUAGCUAGACAUGGAGAUACAGGAGCAUUACUACGGCGAAAGCCUUUUUUCCGAGAUGAGAUAAAUAGUAAUACUUUGGGUUCACCACCACUGUUCACACUGCUGAAUCACCUUCAACCUGCUUAUUGGUUCUCAGCACAUCUUCACGUUAAAUUCGCUGCUUUGUAUGAUCAUUCGUCGUCAACAACGAAAGAGAUUCACAAAUUGGACGAGGCACUGCCUUCCAUACCGAAUGGCUCGCCUACAGUGGAGAUAGAAAAGAAUCCAGAUGAAAUUGCCAUUGAUGAUGAAGAUGAUUUCGACGAUCCAGUCGAAGCCAACGUAGUGAAGGUCCUGGAUAAAGCUGGAAAUCCUGAUGAGAUUACGAUAGAGGACGAUGAAUUCGAUUAUCCCCCUGCGGACUCAUUAGUACAAGUGGAAGUUCCUCUGAAAGAGGAAUCGAUGGUCAAAGAGGACCUCAAAUUGGAUGAAAGUGCUGAUUUGGUAGAACAAGCUCGAGAACAAGGAGAUGAUGGAUCAACAACCGAGAUAAUAGGAGCGCCUAUAGAAUCUGUUCAAGAAGCUGUAGCAACGUCCAACUCGAACACAGUAGAGGUGGAAGAAGGACGACGGACCAAGUUUCUGGCUUUGGAUAAAUGUGGACCUGGAAAAGAUUUCAUCCAAUUUUUCGAGAUACCGACACCUUCAUCCUCAUCAUCAUCUCCACCAAGAUUGACAUAUGAUCUAGAAUGGUUGGCGAUUUGUCGAGUAUUCCAUCCAUACCUCUCUACCAACAUUCACCAAACAUCUUUACCCCCACCUGCAAUCCUACAACAACUCCUUUCAGAUGAGGUGUCACGGAUGAAGGAAGAAGGUUUAUUGGUUCCCUCUCAAGAAACCAAAGAGGAUGGAACGAUAGAUCUAAUUUGGGUAAGAGAUGCAAUUGAUAUAGAAAGAGUACAAAAGUUUUGGCCUACAGCGCCAUCCGAAGGUCUACCGGGAGGCUCAGCAGAUCAAUGGUAUACGAAUCCUCAAACUGAAGCGUUUUGUGGGAUGUUGGGAUUGGAAAAUAGAGUCAAUCCUGCUCCUAAAUGA